GAGGGCAGCGUGGGAGGGGUCGGCCCGGGCUCUGGUGGCCCCAGGAGUGAGGACUCGCAGACUCGGGACGGAGCUCCCUCUGCGGAGCCGCAGGGCGCACGGCGCGGGCGGGGAGCCGAGGCCUUCGGGGCGCAGCGCCGAGUGGCUGGGUCCGGAGAGACCCGGGAGGGGCCGGGCUGCAAGACAGAGUGUCCCUGCUGGCGCAGGUGGGCCUGGGAGGCCGCCUGGCCCGCCCCGGAGGACGCUGGGCCCAGCCACCCUUUUGAGAAAGGGACCUUCUGCAGCAUCCAAGGUGGUGACCGUGGACCUAGGAGGGCGCAGGUGCAGGUGGAGCUGUCGGAUUUGCAGAGCUGUGAAUCUACAAGUAGAAGCAGACAUUCUUUUUUAAAGAAGCCAUAGUGCCUACUCCUGCCUGGAGAAUUAGUACUUCUAAUAAAACCAGAUGCGACCUCUCCAGAUUGUCCCCAGCCGAUUAAUUUCCCAGCUGUGUCAUUGUCUGAGGUCUCCGGUAUCCCCUCAAAGCAAGAUUUGCCUAACAAUGGCUCGUCCAAGUUCAAAUAUGGCCCAUUUUCGGACAUGUUUUGCCAAAGCCAAGCACAUCGUCAUCAUCUCGGGGGCAGGCAUCAGUGCUGAGAGUGGGGUACCAACAUUCCGAGGAGCGGGAGGCUACUGGAGAAGGUGGCAAGCUCAGGACCUGGCCACUCCUCAGGCCUUUGCCCGCAACCCGUCGCAGGUGUGGGAGUUCUACCACUACCGCAGGGAGGUCAUGCUGACCAAGGAGCCCAACCCCGCACACCGGGCCAUCGCCGAGUGUGAGGCCCGGCUGAGCGGUCAGGGCCGUCGGGUCAUGGUCAUCACCCAGAACAUCGACGAGCUGCACCGCAGGGCUGGCACCAAGAACCUUCUAGAAAUCCAUGGUACCUUAUUUAAAACUCGAUGCACCUCUUGUGGAGCUGUGGCUGAGAAUUACAAGAGUCCAAUUUGUCCAGCUUUAUCAGGAAAAGGUGCUCCAGAACCUGAAACGGAAGAUGCCAGAAUCCCAGUUGAGAAACUUCCCCGGUGUGAAGAGGCAGGGUGUGGGGGCCUGCUGCGACCUCACGUGGUGUGGUUUGGAGAGAACCUGGAUCCUGCCGUUCUGGAGGAGGUUGACAGAGAGCUGGCACUCUGUGACUUAUGCCUGGUGGUGGGGACUUCCUCUGUGGUCUACCCAGCAGCCAUGUUCGCCCCCCAGGUGGCCUCGAGGGGCGUGCCAGUGGCCGAGUUCAACACGGAGAGCACCCCAGCCACAGACAGAUUCAGGUUUCAUUUCCAUGGACCCUGUGGAACAACUCUUCCUGAAGCCCUUGCUCCGCAUGAAACUGAAACUAUUUCCUAAGUGCCCUGGGGAAGGAAGGAAUGAUAGUAUAUCAAGAACUAGGCCAUGAAGAGGAGAAAUGAUCUUGUGGAUGGUGAGCUGAGUAUUGGAAGAUCUAAAAAUAUCCUUGUGCCUCUGGCUGGAAUCCACCCUGUUAAGUGACUGGGCUUAGAAGUAGUAAGAGCAAAUGUAUAAGCAAGAAGUCCGAGAACUGUAAUGUUAAUGCACGUUACUUGGUUUCAAUGAACUCUAAGUGUCUUAUGCUUGAUGUGUUUGUUUGCUACUGGGAGGAGAAAAUUUUGUAGUUAGACUGUCUACAAAAAAGUAAUUAUCUUGAUUGUAUUUUUGCUCGAUGGGCAAAAAUAGAAAUAGAGAAGUAAAAUCCUGGUACUUAAUUCUGAUUUUUACACAAGUUUUGGUGGAAAAUGAAAUCACUCUCUACAGUAGUUAAUUUAUCAUAUAAAAAUGUUACCCUAAAA